GUUACACAAGGUUCCCGCUAGACUCAGCAUUUACUUCUCUAUUCAGACCUAUUAUUACUUCGAAUGCUUGACUUUUCUUGACACAUAAAGACAUAUUUCUAAAUGUUUGACUCCACGUUUUAACCUAAUCCCUCAUUCUCAAGCUUUAUACAUAAAUGGAUGUUUUUAGCUCGCGCUGUAUCUGACAAGAGUGUUUACAUUAUUCUCAUGUCACAGGGUCAUCACUUAGUAUGCUUGACAUUGACCAUUGAAACACAUUUGCUGCUCCAAAGCAUUUAGUGUGAAUACUCGACUCGGAGCUUUCCCAUAUUUGCUUCCCAAGAGUAAUGAUGCAUUCACGGCACACUAUUAAACGGCUGUUCUUUGGGCAGGAGUGCAAGUGUGGCUGGUGUGGGAGUGAUUAGGCGUUGGAAAAGACAGGGGAGAGAUGUCCCGGCGCAUGCACGCAGCCGCCGAGCGCAUGAAUAUCAUCUCCAGUGUGCCACUUCGGAAGUAGGUCAGCCACCGCUCGCCGAUUUGUUCGCCGCGUCUCCGGCUUCUCGCUCCGUCGAUCGACAGGAGAAGAUCGAGUGGAACGAAAGUAAACCGGCAGCAGCGACGGAAAGGGGAUUAUUAUUUGCGUGUGUGCGCGCGCGCGCGCGUCGGGGGAUCUAGUUGGAAAACGCGACGGGACACGGAAGCUCGACGAGGAACAGUGAUUCCAGGCGGAGAUGAUCGCUUCGAAGCUUUUCUGAAAACGCCUCGUGCGCGGAGUCCGCUAUGGAUUGAUCGACGAUCGGCCUCUUUUGCGGUUCUCUCUCUCUUUUUCAUCUCGCAUCUCAGCACUCCUGCCCCGGCAUGCUGUUACACUGACCGCGGCCAAAGCGUGUGUGCGGCCGCAGUCCACGAUCCGAGAUGAUUGCUGUCGACGGGCUUCUCUGAGCUCCGAGUGCCGUCGCAGCAACCCAUUGAUGAAGGCGAGAGGCGGACGAGACCAUGGCGAAAGCUCAGCAACACCAGCCGGCGAAAAAUGGGAAGCGAGGCAAAGAAAUGGCAGGCGGGCCAAGAAAAGACAAAGAACUACGGAGAAAGAAACAGAAGAAGAAAGAAUCGCAUAUAUUCCGGAAAAAGGCCUUGGCGGGUAAAGUUCGAGACGCGCUGGAUUGUUGUGUCCUGCUCACUCGUUUGGAGGAGAAAAACGAUGCCCGCAAGCGGUCAAGUGUUACAUCCAGUAAGAAAGCGCUACGUGCUCAAAGCAGGACCAAAACUCUGGUAAAAUCUCAUAAAAAGUUAAAGAAAUCCGCUUGUCAACAAGCACUGGAACCAAAAACUAGCAAAUCCGACACCUCGCUUGCUCCUGAGCCUCGCAGGAGAAGAAUGGCUUCUCUCAACGCGGAGGCCGUCAACAGCCUGCUGCUCUACAGGGCCUAUCCCUUGACGUCUAAUCUGAUUAAGAAAGAGCAGUCCUCGAAUGAAGCGCCGCGUAAAGGUGAAAGCGGACCUCAUAAAGCCAAAAAGGCUCUUCGGCAAGGGAACGCAGAUCUGAAGGAAAGUCGUCAAAAAAAGAAGCGAUCCACGGCGGAAGUCGACUGGUUGGCUUUGUUUGCCCCGACCCCUCGGCGACAGGCGGGCCUCACCGCUGCGACCCUGCUCAAACUCACCGGUUCCCUCUAUGGAAGCAAGCGGCAAAAGAAGCAGGAGUCCAAGCCCGCCAGUGAAAGUAAAGCUAAAGCUUUAACUCAGGUUGAGAUUAGUGGUAAGCCUUUAAGUGGAGCAUCACCGCAGACCAAAAGAAGAACAAAUCCAAAACACAAUGAGCAGCUAAAGCACAUUAAACAGGGUAAAGAGGAUCCGAGUUCUCCGGCCCAGAGAUUCUGUAGUCUUUGUAAAACGGAAGCUUUGGAUCCCGAGUGGAAGUCCGGUGGACAGAAUUGUUUGAAAAAUCCUCUCCACUGUGGCUGCACCCUCGGAUUUUCCUUAAAAACAAUCAAAGAAGAGCAGGAGGAGACGGACGUGACGUCCUGCUACUGCUGUAGCCAGGAGAGAUGUGUGGAAUACUGUCACAGACUAGCCCUCUUCCUCAAGGACAAGGCCGUCAAGGAGCCCGACGAGGAAGGCCCGCUCUCCGAGGUGUUCCACCACCAUCACCACCACCAUCACCAUCAUCACCUCCACCACCCGGCAGCCAUUACCAUCACGCCGCACACGUACACCUGCUUCCCCAGCUACUGCGUCCACUUCAGCCAUCCGGACACCUCGCCGUCCUCCGUGACGCCCCUCGCUCUUUGUCCAAAGAGUAGCAAGAGACCCACGUUGCUGCCCAAGUCUGUCCCUCAGCCCUCAGGGAUUUCCCAUCCAGUCUACUGCUGCACUUCUGUGGAGGCGUGCUACGGAGAACCUUGCCGGAUCAACGGCUAUUCCACGUACAGCAAUGUGAUUCCGGCCAUUGCCAGAGGAGGUUGCACCAAAUGCACCCGUGGCAUCAACAGAGAUGACUACUCAUCAACCCUCAAUGACCACCACAGCCUGUCCUCCAUCCCCGUCUGUCCGAGCCCAAGAAUCCUCACUGGCUGCCCCGUUCCCACAGUGCCUCCAGCCGGCCAAUCGGUGCCCCCCGUUCAGACGCCUCUGUCCGACCCCAGCCAACCGCAGCCCCCGCUGCAGGUGGCCAAGGAGUGUCCGCAGAGCGCCAAGCCUCCCAGCGGGUCCCGGUCCGGCGUCCGCAACGCGAGCAGCGUCAGCUCGCUUGUGUUCCCACUCAAAAAGGAAAAGAAGCAGAAGCUUGGCUCUGCCGGUGCCAGAGGGCAGGCGCUUGCCAAGCAGCCCAAGAACGGACUCCAAAAAAGCACCAACGGCUGGCGGCCUGUCGGCCUCUCCUUUGAGAAAGAAGUUUUCUGUCUGGAAGAGGAAGCUCCGGUGCUGAGAAAGUGUUACCAGGGCGUCCAGCGAGAUGGAGAUCUGAUCCGGGUCCGGGACACGGUUCUGCUGAAGUCCGGGCCGAGGAAAAAGUCUCUGCCAUAUGUGGCAAAGAUCUCAGCUCUGUGGGAGGAACCCGAGACAGGAGAGUUGAUGAUGAGUUUGUUUUGGUACUACCGUCCAGAACACACACAAGGAGGACGCAACCUUAAUGUGCACUGUCAGAAUGAGAUCUUUGCGUCCCGUCACCAGGAUGUGAACAGCGUGGCCUGUAUUGAAGACAAAUGCUAUGUCCUGACACUGGCACAGUAUUGUCGAUUUUGUGCCUUGGUAAAACGGCGAGGCGAAGGCGUGCCCGACAGCCCUGCCUCCCUCCUGGUCCCCCCCGCCGUCGGCCACGCCGCGCCCAGCCACCGCCGGGCGCCGGACGACGUGGACCCAGAGCUGGUGUUCUUCUGUCGCCACGUCUACGACUUCCGCUACGGACGCCUCCUCAAGAACCUGCAGUAGCGACGUGCAAGCGACGGAACCAAACAGAGACGUGAGAUAAGGUGGAUUCAUCCGCCUCUACUUAAUUGAGCUCCGAGCCCGCAGCCUACGAAAGGGAGGGCCCGGAGGUUUGCGGAUGAAGGAAACGGGAGAUUAGUCUCUCUUUGAAAUUUCACACUGACACCGCACACACUUAUGAAGUAAGCGUUAAGGUCUGACACGUUGAAUCGAGAUGAUAAUAGCUGUCGAAAUGGGUUUAAUCAAAGACUGCUUCCUGUUUUGAGUGCGCUCCGUGUGGGACGCUAUCCUGCUGGUCUUAGAAACGUGCCAUUUGAAGGAGCUUAUACGUGACUAAUGGAGCUAUCUGCCUAUCACUCGCACACAGACGCAACAUAAGAGGCCUUCACCUCUGUCAUUGCUCUUUAAAAAAAAAGUUGUCUUUACUUUGAAUGCGGGACUUUUACUGUCAAGUAAUCAUACAAAGAUCAUGCUGUACGAGUGGCUUGGUAGUGAAUUACAGACCAACGCGUUCCCUUGACGCAGAACUUGGAAUGCUCAGUGACGACGUAGGGUCAAUGACGCCGUCGCGCAGCUGUCAACGGAACGCAGAAGCAUAAAUAAGGCCUUAGUGUUGCACCGAUACCAUUUUGGGAGCCCAGUACGUUUCGGACAAUGCACCCGUACCAAUUAUUAUGAAAAAUAUUUCUAUUUUGUUGGAUUUAAAGUGGUAAGUAAAGUAUCUGAACUUUUUGAAAUUUCUAACAUUUCUGCAUAAAAUCACCAUCAAAUAUGAUCUGAUCUUUUUCAAAAUCACACAGAUGAAAAAACAGUGUCUGCUUUCACUAAAACAACCUAAACAUUUAUAGGUUUUCAUAUUUUUAUGAGGAUAGUAUGCAAAGACAGAAGGUGGGAAAAUAAGUGAGUGAACCAUUACAUUUAAUAUUUUGUGCCACCUCUCCCCCCGCCCUUUUAGCUGCAAUAACUUCAACAUUGGACUAAUGUUGCCCCAUUCCUCUUGACAAAACUGCAGUAGUUCAGUCAGAUUCUUAGGAUGUCUGGCAUGAAUCGGUGUCUUUAGGUCAUGCCACAGCAUCUCAAUGGGGUUCAAGUCUGGACUUUGACUUGGCCACUCCAGAACGUGUAUUUUAUUCUUCUGAAACCAUUCUGAAGUUGAUUUUAGGGCUGCAGCUAUCGAUUAUUUUAGUAGUCGAUUAAUUGAUGAAUUAGUUAGCUCGAAUAAUCGAGUAAUCGGAUAAGGAACAUAAAAAAAAAUACCUGAGCUGAGCCUCAAAUGAAAAAGAUCAAUUGGCUAACUUAAAUGCUAUAAAAUGCUUUUUUUCACAAUGCUCUUAACAAAUGGUUCAGACACAUAUUCCCACAAAAAACGGCUAAAUUUUCUUAUGAACUUAAAUUACAAAUACGUUAAAAAAACAUUAGUUCAAACAAAAACCCAGCUUAUAUUGGUCUUAACAGGGAGUAGCUGGAUUCAGCCUUGUAACAUGAGGCUUACUAGGAGGCAGUGAAUCCACCCAAAUCAAUAAAUCUAAAUGCAAACACUUUCAAACAAACCAUUACAACAGCACUUUAAAUAAACGAAUACUCGAAGCAGCAAAAUUUAAUUCAAAUCUUUUUUUCUAAUGGAAUACUCGAGUUAAUCGAUUAAUCGUUGCAGCACUAGUUGAUUUACUUCUGUGGUUUGGAUCAUUGUUUUGUUGCAGCAUCCAUCUCUUUUUAGCUUCAGCUGUCUGACAGACGGCCUCAAGUUUUCUUGCAUAACAUCCUGAUAACCUUUUGAAUUCAUUCUUCCAUUAAUGAUUGCAAGUUGUCCAGGCCCUGAGGUAGCAGAACAGCCCCAAAUCAUGAUGCUCCCUCCACCAUGCUUCAAGGUCGGAUCCUAAAGGUUCAGAUACUUUUUUAUGCCACUGUAUUUAUUAAAUUACUUCAUACCAGGGGUGGGAACCUCUUGGUACCUCACGAUACGAUUUGGGAUACAAAGCUCACGAUAACAAUCUCACGAUAUGACGAUACAACGAUUAUUGAUACAUUGAUCAGGAAAUCAGUAUCUAGGAUAUUCUACAAAACAACUAAUAAUAAGAAAAACAAGAUAUCUUCAUCCGUCUGAUGUAAAUGUAUCUCUAGUCGACGUCUAGUCCAUUUGAACUGAUGACAAAUAAGCCCCACCCACUUCAAACGGGCCCUUCCCACUUCUAUGGCAGCCAAUGCCAGGCAACGAGGUCAUUUUAGGCCAUUUCAGGUCCUGCCACAAAGACAUACUCACACAGCCCCAACAGAUUCAUGUCGACAACAUGCCGCCUACUCCACCCCUUUCAGAGAGGAGGGAUAUCAGAAUUUUUUUUCCGGCCAGCAGCAGCCACUGUAAGUCAUGUAAAAAGACGUCAAUGUUGUGAAAGUGGGGGAAACUCCACUAAUUUUGAGAAGGGUCCUUAGGCAGCCGCAGCCACACUACAAGCCACGCCUCAUCCAAACUACGCCCCUCCAAACCACACCUGCUGUUGGUAUGGUCGCGUGAAGAAUUCAUUUACAUAAUAUGUGAAGUUCAAAGGGUUUUUGGGACAAUAAGCCCUAGCCCAAUUCUUUACCCUAAACUUAACUAGACACUGGGGUAUUGUGGAUAUUGCGGUAACUAGAUUGUAACCUUUGCUAUAUUUGGAAGUAAUUAAAUGUUGUGAAUCAACAGUUAAAGAGGUUUAAAUUGCUCCUGUUAUUCCAUUAUUUCCCUUCUGUUUAUUUUAAAGAUGUGAAAGUUUUAAAACUGUUUCGUCAUUUAAUGAAAGAUUCAAGUCAAGAUUUUGCCAAUUUAAGAGUAUUUUACACAAAAAGUUAACUAGGUUCGCUAGGAAGUUUCCCGACAACAGAGCCUUCCUGAGAAGUCUACAGCUUUAAGAUGGCGGCUGUUUACUAACGCCGCAUCUAGAUCUAUAUACAUGUGAUAUCUACUGUAGCAUCAUGUGGGCGUUGUUUGUAGCGGCUAUUGACCACAUUCAGGUAUUAUUGCUAAUUUUGCUACUGAAAGUCCGACCUGCAUCAGAGUUAGCAUCACAUUAAACUUGCUAACCUGAAAAACUGCUGCAAUCAGGCCAUCCUCCCACUUCAAACUGAUUCGGCGUGUACUAGCGAUAAACUCCUUUCAAUUCACAGCAGACGGAUGAUUGGACGCAACUCGAUUGGACAUAUUUUUAAUGGCGGUGCGCGUAGCUGGCGGCCAUCUUGGGUAGGGCGACCACCGUCUUUCACAGCUUCAGCACGUUAUUUCUUAGUACUCGCCAAUAGCGAUGACGUCAUUUUAACAGUAUCGGUGCAACGCUACUUACAGUGUUAUUGUUAAGUUCUGCUCCAAAACAAUCUUAGUUUUCAAAAAAAAAAAAAAUCUGCUGAAUCGUUUACAAAUAUGAAUUUAAAUGAGAUUAGCGGCUUCACUGGCCGCUAAACUACGUAGCAUCGACGUGAUAUGAAGAAUUCAGCGAUUCAAAUCAUGAACAAGCGGACUAAUGUGGUUGUUGGUAGCGCUGCAACAAUACGCUAACUUAGCUUAGCAUCGAAAACCCAAAUAAGUCUCUUCAAAGAAGCCAUUAAUAAUAAUCCAGAUGAAGUAUUUUCAUAAAUGGGUAGUUGCAAAAUAGUGUUCUAUCAUGUUCAAAAAAUAAGGUUCAAUGUCACAUUUUAAGUGACCUCAGAAGAGAUUUUCCACUGUGUGACGCACACAUGCACUCAAACGUCCAAUUGAGUUAAGUCACAGUAUGGAUAAAGCCGACGUAGCUUGUGAAAAGGCGGGCUGUGUAUUUGAAUCUUAUCUACGUUGACGUCUGACUGCAGACGGCGUCAGUUAGGCACUUAGAACAGUAUAUUAUUAUCCGCGCUGAGUCAAAAUGUAGACAGUAGCUAGCAUUCAAGUACAGUUAUCAAUGAUUCAUUCCUCUACGUUUGGAAGAAGAUGGCGUGUUUGAAAAUUCUGAUUUAUUUUCCAUUUUAGCUGCACUGUCCAAGACACAUUUGCAAUACAUACACUGCUGGCCAAAAGUAUUGACAGCCCUGCAAUUCUUUCAGAUAAUGCUCAAUUUCUCCCAGAAAAUGAUUGCAGUUACAAAUGCUUUGGUAGUAAUAUCUUCAUUUAUUUUGCUUGCAAUGAAAAAAACACAAAUGAGAAUGGAAAAAAUUAAAUCAUUAUCAUUUUACACAAAACUCCAAAAGUGGGCCGGACUAAAGUAUUGACACCCUGAUGCUUCUCUAAUUUGUGUAAUUAACAGCACCUGUUACUUUCCAGUGGCACAUACCAGGGGGCGGCAAUAAAUAAAUCACCCUUGCAGACAGUUAAAAUGGAUUAAAGUUGACUCAACCUCUGUCCUGUGUCCUUGGGUGUACCACAGUGAGCAUGGAGAAAAAAAGGAAGACCAAAGAACUGUCUGAGGACUUGAGAAGCAAAAUUGUGAGGAAGCAUGGGCAAUCUCAAGGCUACAAGUCCAUCUCCAAAGACCUAAAUGUUUCCGUGUCUACCGUGCGCAGUGUCUUAAAUAAGUGUAAAGCCCACGGCACAGUGGCUAACCUCCCUAGAUGUGGACGGAAAAGAAAAAUUGACAGGAGAUUUUAACGGAAGAUUGUGCGAAUGGUGGAUAAGGAACCUCGACUAACAUCCGAACAAGUUCAAGCUGUCCCGCGGUCCGAGGAUACAACAGUGUCAACCAGUACUAUCUGUUGGCAUCGUAUGGUAGGAUACCUAGGAAAAUCCCACUUCUGUCCCAGAGACAUAAAAAAGCCAGGCUGGAGUUUGCCUAAACUUACCUGAGAAAGCCAAAAACGUUUUGGAAGAAUGUUCUCUGGUCAGAUGAGACAAAAGUAGAGCUUUUUGGGAAAAGGCAUCAACAUAGCGUUUACAGGGGAAAAAAACAAGGCCUUUAAAAAGAACACGGUCCCCACAGUCAAAGUGGCGGAGGUUCCCUGAUGUUUUGGGUUGCUUUGCUGCCUCUGGCACUGGACUGCUUGACCGUGUGCAUGGCAUUAUGAAAUCUGAAGACUGCCAAAAAAAUUUGCAUCAUAAUGUAGGGCCCAGUGUGAGAAAGCUGGGUCUCCAUCAGAGGUCAUGGGUCUUCCAGCAGAACAAUCAGCCAAAACAUACUUCAAAAAGCACUAGAAAAUGGUUUGAGAGUAAGCACUGAAGUGACCAGCAAUGAGUCCAGUUUUGAAUCCCAUAGAACACCUGUGGAGAGAUCUGAAAAUGGCACCCUUCAAAUCUCAGAGACCUGGAGCAGUUGGCCAAAGAAGUAUGGUCUAAAAUUCCAGCAGAGCAUUGUAAGAAACUCAUUGAUGGAUACCGGAAGUGGUUGUUCGCAGUUUUUUUGUCUAAAGGUUGUGCUACCAAGUAUUAGACCAAGGAUGCCAAUACUUUUGUCCGGCCCAUUUUUGGAAUUUUGUGUAAAAUGAUAAUGAUUUUUUUUUUUCAUUCUCUUUUAUGUUUUCUCAUUGCAAGCAAAAUAAACGAAGAUAUUACUACCAAAGCAUUUGUAAUGUAAUCAUUUUCUGGGAGAAAUUAAACAUUAUCUGACAGAAUUGCAGGGGUUCCAAUACUUUUGGCCAGCAGUGUAUUACUAGUUAGUUUGAAUAAUCAAGUUAUCGGAUGAGGAACAUUUAAUGUAAUGAUGUAAAACAAAGGCUUGCUAAGAUUGCACUUUCAAAAGAGCAUUAAAUAUGGACACAAAAUAAGAUUCCCGAUUGUUUCUUCAAACGAUGCAGGAUAGCACUUUCAUUUAAAAAUUAAUUAAAAUACCUGAGAUUAGCCUCAAACUAUUUAAAAAAACAAAUAGAUGAGGAUCUAAGUACAACAAAAGUACUUUCAUAGCAAAAGUCUGCUUGCUUAAAUGCUAUAAAAUGCAAUUUUUUUUUUUACAUUACUCUUAGCAAAUUGGUCAAACACAUGUUCCCACAAAAAAAACAAACAAAAAAAAAACUGCUAAAUAUACCCAUAAACUAAAUUACAAAUGCAUAAAAAAAACAUUGGUUUAUGUUGGUCUCAACAGGGAGUAGCUGGAUUCAGCCAUGUUUAGGGCUGCAGCUAUCGAUUAUUUUAGUAGUCGAUUAAUCGAUGAACUAGUUAAUAACAAUUAUAAUAAUAAUAAUACAUUUUAUUUCUAGAGCAACAAAAGAACAAUUGGCUAACUUACAUAGCAAAAUUCCGCUAGCUUAAAUGUUUUUUUUUUUUUUUUUUAACAGUGCUCUUAACAAUUGUACUUUCACAAAAAACUGCUAAAUAUAUCUAUAAACUAAAUUACGAAUGUGUUAAAAAAACAUUAGCCCAAACAAAAACGUAGCUUAUGUUGGUCUUAACAGGGAGCAGCUGGAUUCAACCAUGUGAAAUGAGGCAGAGUAGAGGGCAGUGUAUCCCCCAAAUUGAUAGAACUAAAUGCAAACACUUUAAAAAUAAACCAUUACAACGCCACUUUAAUUAAACGAAUACUCGAAGCAGCAAAAUUUAAUUUGAAUUUUUUUUCUAAUCGAAUACUCGAGUUAAUCGAUUAAUCGUUGCAGCACUAGCUACGUUAAAUGAGUUAUGUCAUAUUCACCGUUGCCACCACAGGGCAGUGUAUCCACCCAAAUUAAUGAAACUAAAUGCAAACACUUUCAAAACAAACCAUUAUAACGCCACUCUAAUUAAACGAAUACUCGAAGCAGCAAAAUUCAACUCAAAUCUUUUUUUUUUAAUCGAAUACUCGACUUAAUCGAAUAAUCAUUGCAGCACUAGUCACAUUAAAUGAGUUAUGUCAUAUUCACCUUUGCCACCAGAGGGCAGUGUAUCCACCCAAAUCAGUAAAAUAAAUCCAAACACUUUUAAAACAAACCAUUAUAACGCCACUCUAAUUAAACGAAUACUCGAAGCAGCAAAAUUUAACUCAAAUCUUUUUUUUCCAAUCGAAUACUCUACUUAAUCGAGUAAUCAUUGCAGCACUAGCCACGUUAAAUGAGUUGUGUCAUGUUCACCGUUGCCACCAGAGGGCAGUGUAUCAACCCAAAUAAUACAAUAAAUGCAAACACUUUCAAAACAAACCAUUACAAUGCCACUUUAAUUAAACCAAUACUCGAAGCAGCAAAAUUUAAUUAAAAUCUUUUUUUCUAAUCCAAUACUCGAGUUAAUCGAUUAAUCAUUGUAGCACUAGCCACGUUAAAUGAGUUAUGUCAUAUUCACCGUUGCCACCAGAGGGCAGUGUAUCCACCCAAAUCAGUAAAAUAAAUCCAAACACUUUCAAAACAAAGCAUUAUAACGCCACUCUAAUUAAACGAAUACUCGAAAAAGCAAAAUUUAAUUUGAAUCUUUUUUUCUAAUCGAACACUCAAGUUAAUCAAUUAAUCGUUGCAGCAAUAGCCAUGUUAAAUGAGUUAUGUAAUAUUCACCUUUGCCACCAGUGGGCAGUGGAUCCACCCAAAUUGAUAAAACUAAUUGCAAACACUUUCAAAAUAAACCAUUACAACGCCACGUUAAUUAAACCAAUACUCGAAGCAGCAAAAUUUAAUUCAAAUCUUUUUUUCUAAUCCAAUACUCGAGUUAAUCGAUUAAUCAUUGUAGCACUAGCCACGUUAAAUGAGUUAUGUCAUAUUCACUGUUGCCACCAGAGGGCAGUGUAUCCACCCAAAUCAGUAAAAUAAAUCCAAACACUUUCAAAAGAAACCAUUAUAACGCCACUCUAAUUAAAGGAAUAGUCGAAGCAGCAAAAUUUUGAUUUGAAGCUUAUUUUUCUAAUCGAAUUACUCGAGUUCAUCAGUCAUUGCAUCGCAAAUAAUUUUGUAUCUUUAGUUAGCACUGUAAUGCCAAAUGGAAAAAAUGUAUUUCAAUGUUUUAUUUUGGCUACAACGCAGCGUUUCAUUUUUGUCAGAUUUGCUCCUAAAUUCCUGUGAGAAGACGCUGCGAUCGUCGUGGUUUGAGAUAAACGAUAGCAGUGGAUGAAUGAAGCACGGCUUCUUUGCUAAAGCGCCAAUCAAUUGAUGAAAAUCCCUCUGGGUGUUCUCAAAGUACAGUACCAGUAGAGUGCAGUAUACAUGGCCUUAGAAGUCGCUCAGCUCUCCUUAUAUGAAUCAACAUGUGUGAUACUAGAUGUCUUAAUUGGUCCUCUGUGCCUGUUCCUGUAAACCCAUAUUUAAUAACAAAAAAAAAAAAAUCUCUAUAAAUAUAUAUAUAUAGAAAUAUAUAUUCUGAGUGUUUUUUUUCCAAGAAGAGAAAUGUGAACAGUUACUGUUUAUUUUUGAUGUAACUUCCAAAUGCCUUUUCUGUCAUUUUAAGUCAGAUGACGCUGCAGCAAGAAAAGGGAGAGAAGAGAAAUAUGAAUAUCAUUCCUUUAGGUGUAGAAGAAUCGCUACAUGUUGGGCUUUUUUUCUGGUGUCGGCUCUUUAUGUUUAUAUUCUCUUGCAUGGCAUUUUGGAAGUAUCUUGGAAAUAUUAAUCACAGCACAGUUUAUUUGUAUUGAUUGAAAUGGACCUCUGUAAUAUAAGAAAUAUUUAAUUGUAAUAAAUAAUAUAUGAGUUUAAAGUGUCGUGUGGAGUCCAAAUUUUCUUCUUCCGAUUAAUUAUGUUGGUUUUCUCUGUUUACUUAGGUCGGGGGUAAGCAACCCGCGGCUCUAGGGCCGCAUGCGGCUUUCUAGCGCCGCCCUAGUGGCUCUCUGGAGCUUUUUCAAAAAUGUUUGAAAAUGGAAAUAGAUGGGGCAGUGAAAUAAAUAUUUUUUGUUUAAUAUGGUUUCUGAAGGAGGACAAACAUGACACAAACAUUCUUCUAAAUCCUUAAUAUUGUAAUGAAGUUAAACUUGAGGCGUCAUCGUACAACUGAGUUGUCACGUGGCGCGUCAUUCUCGCACCGCAGGGAAAAUAAACGUUUACCGUAUUUUCUGCAUUAUAAAGCGCAUCUGCAUAUAAGGCGCAUCUUCAAAGACUGACCCAUUUUAAAACUAUAUACAGUGUAUCAAAAAAAGUGAGUACACCCAUCUUAUUUCUGCAGAUAUUUAUAUCUUUUCAUUGGACAAUACU